AGUGCGGAGAGGAGUUGGGGCUGCGCCGCGGGCGGUGACGGCGGGCUCGGUGACCCCGGGAGGCCCCGCGCCCGCCGAGGAGCCGAGGACCUGCGGGGAGAGCAGGGCCCUUGCUCGGAAGUUCGCUCCGACCUGAGCCCGGAACGCCAGCGGCGGGUCCGCUGCCCUUGCCCUGCGCGGAGACGGGUGGCCGCGCCCGCGCCCCGGCCAUGCGGAUCCGGGUGGCCGCGAGGUGGACCUGGGCAGGCAAGAGCUGCCUGCUGCUGGCGCUCCUGACCGUGGCCUACGUCCUGGUGGAACUCUCCGUCUCCACUCUCCAUGCCUCCCCGGGAGCGGGCCAUGCCUGGGAGCGGGGGCCGAGGCAGCUCCCUGACCCCGAGAAAAAGGCAGGAGAUCUGUCCCGGCCGCUGUACGAUAAGCCGCCUGCAGACCCCCAUGCCCUCGGGGAGUGGGGGAAGGCCAGCAAACUCCAGCUCAGCGAGGCCGAACGGAAGCAGCAAGAGGAACUCAUUGAGAGAUAUGCCAUUAACAUCUACCUCAGUGACAGGAUCUCCCUGCACCGCCACAUAGAGGACAAGAGAAUGUACGAGUGCAAGUCCAAGACGUUUGACUACAGACGACUCCCCACCACCUCCGUUAUCAUCGCUUUCUACAACGAAGCCUGGUCCACUUUGCUCCGCACCAUUCACAGUGUUUUAGAGACCUCGCCCGCUGUCCUCCUGAAGGAGAUCAUCUUAGUGGAUGACUUGAGUGACCGGGUUUAUUUGAAGACACAACUUGAAACGUAUAUCAGCAAUCUCGAUCGAGUCCGCUUGAUUAGGACAAACAAGCGGGAGGGGUUGGUCAGGGCCCGCCUGAUCGGGGCCACCUUUGCUACGGGGGAUGUUCUCACUUUCCUGGAUUGUCACUGUGAGUGUAAUUCCGGUUGGUUGGAACCGCUUUUGGAAAGGAUUGGCGAGGAUGAAACGGCAAUUGUUUGUCCUGUUAUAGAUACCAUUGAUUGGAACACUUUUGAGUUCUAUAUGCAGACGGGGGAACCCAUGAUUGGUGGGUUUGACUGGCGUUUAACGUUCCAGUGGCAUUCUGUCCCCAAACAUGAAAGGGACAGGUGGAAAUCGAGAAUUGAGCCAAUCAGAUCGCCCACCAUGGCCGGAGGACUGUUUGCGGUCAGCAAGAAAUAUUUCGAGUACCUUGGAACAUAUGACACUGGAAUGGAAGUGUGGGGAGGUGAAAACCUGGAGCUAUCUUUCAGGGUGUGGCAGUGUGGAGGGAAACUGGAGAUCCACCCGUGUUCCCACGUGGGCCACGUGUUCCCUAAGCGGGCUCCGUAUGCUCGGCCCAAUUUUCUACAGAACACUGCUCGGGCAGCGGAAGUGUGGAUGGAUGAGUACAAAGAGCAUUUCUACAAUCGGAACCCUCCAGCAAGGAAAGAAGCUUACGGGGAUAUUUCCGAAAGAAAAUUACUACGAGAACGGCUGAAGUGCCAGAGCUUUGACUGGUAUUUGAAAAAUGUGUUUUCGAACUUGCACGUUCCAGAGGAUAGGCCAGGCUGGCACGGGGCUGUUCGCAGCAUGGGGAUCUCUUCUGAGUGUUUAGAUUAUAAUGCUCCUGACAGCAACCCCACAGGUGCCAACCUUUCACUGUUUGGAUGCCAUGGUCAAGGGGGCAAUCAAUUCUUUGAAUAUACUUCAAACAAAGAAAUCAGGUUUAAUUCUGUGACAGAGUUAUGUGCAGAGGUUCCUGAGCAAAAAAACCACGUAGGAAUGCAAAAUUGUCCAAAAGAUGGGUUCCCUGUGCCAGCAAACAUGAUUUGGCAUUUUAAAGAAGACGGAACCAUUUUUCAUCCACACUCAGGACUGUGUCUUGUUGCUUAUCGGACACCUGAGGGCCGACCUGAUGUGCAGAUGAGAACUUGUGAUGCUCUGGAUAAAAAUCAAAUCUGGAAGUUUGAGAACUAAAAGAGCACAGCAGCACUUUAGUCCUGAGCUGACGGUAUAUUCAAGAAAGUCCAAGAGCCUCAAUGGAGAUUAUAUUUUAUCAGAAAUCACCCAGUGGACAUCUAUGAGAGUGCUAUAUAAUCUGUGUUUCAUCUUGGCAUAGAACACAAACUGAUGCGCAGAGAGCUGCUGUUUCUCGUUUGAAAGUGCCUUACUUAGAGGUUGUUUUAUUUCAGAGCUCUGUCAAUAUGGUUUCUUCUCCUUAAAGAAGUUGACUGUGAAUUGAGAUACACAAAACAUUUAGGUGCCAGAUGAUAUUACAGAAUGUAAAAGUCCCAAGUAAAAUAGAUGAUUUUUGUUCAUGGGUAAUGUUUUUGAGCAACGUUCAGUCCAGUUAUGAAGCUGGGAAAAAGAAUUGGUUUUAAGACUUACGUGAGCUGAGAGCUCACCUGCAGUGGUUUAUUUUUGGAUUGAGUGGAAAGUUGUAGUCAUUUCAUUUUGACAAUUGUUGAACCAAUUUUUGUUUUUAUCUUUAAUCUUUCAAACUGUAAGUAAUCUUUUGGGGCAAGGUUGUAAAUAUUUCCCAAACUAAAUAAUUGGAGAAGUAAACAUACUUAAACAAAAGUAUUUUUACUGGUUUAAUUGCAAUGUUAUAUUUAGAAAUCUAAAUUUAGAAUUAAAUCUCAAUUAGUUCCCUUUGGCCUAGAUUUUUUGAAAAAUACAUGCUUGAUAAAGAAUUAAUCCACAGUCUUUAUAUGAAAAGUUGUUUUUGGUGUCUACUUAAUGACCUAGCAACUUUGCAAAAUCUGAAUUUAAGAAAAAUUUUUACGAUAGUUAUUUCAAAAAGUAAAAUUGCUCAGUGGCUUGAAUAUUUUUAUUUUUUUAUUUUGCUUCUUAAAAUGAAAAUGUGUUGUUAACUUUCUGUAACUUAUCUGGCAAUCUUAAAGUUUAUCAAAGAAUUGCCCAGAUUCCAUAUGCAAUGUGCAUGGCACUGGGUAUAAUUUAAAGGGGACUUAUCAUAGUGCUCUGAAUUUUACAAAAGCGUUGACUGACAACAGAUAUUCUCCUAAACCCACCCUCUCCCCAUGCUCAGUCUGCCUUCUUUUAAUUAUUAAAUUGCCUUUUCUUUUUUAAUUUAUUUUUAUUAUUAUUCUUAGCCCCCUAUCAAAUGGGAGAAUUAAAAUUGAUAUAUUCUGGAAGUACAUACUGGAAUUAUUUUUAUUCUAGUAUCUUGCUGCUCAUGUCAAGAGGGAAAGGGAGCAUUAAAAAGUAGAGUAGUAUUUAAUUCUUUAUUUACUUUUGGUCUAAAUUUCAGGGUUUUUUGGAAUAAGUUUUAGGCUAGUGCUUUAUUUAUAUCAAUAAUUUGGAAGAGUUAUUAGGCUGUUCAUUCCUUACAAUCCUGUACAUGACUGAAGAAUGAGACUUUCACUUUUCAUGCAUAGGCAUUUCCAAUUUAAUUUAAAAAACACACUAUAAAACUGUAAACAAAAUGUAUUUGGAUGCCCUACUUCUAAUUUAUUGGUACUAAAGCUCUCUUUUGUUGGGGGCAAUUAAGAGUUGACCUUUUAAUUUAAUUUACAUGCUUAAUCAUAUCUUUAGUAAAAUAUUUGCUAAACAAGAAGUUUCAACUUUAAAUGGCCAGUCACUAUGUCAUUUAGUAUCCGAGUCUCUGAAUAGUUUGACCAUCUAUCUAGGCAUUUUUAUAAGUCAGUUUAAAAAAAAAAAGAUAAGCUAGUCAUAUGCAAGAUCUCUAUAACUCAAAAUAACUUGUUAGUAAAAGAAAAUGUAUAUUCAUUAUAUGUUGGCAAAUCAAGCAUUUCUAGAUUGAAGACAAGGUUAUUUUUAAGUUGUGUAGUCACAGUUGAUUUAGGAUCUCAAUUUGAAUUGAUAAAACAGUUCUCACUUGUUUGUCUUUUUGAGUUCGUAUUUUAAGAAUAUUUUUAAAUGAGCACAGAGAAUGUUGAGAUUUAGCCAGGCAUGUGUGGCUCAGUGGUAGAGCGUUGACCUAUGAACCAGGAGGUCCCAGUUCACUUCCCAGUAAGGGCACAUGCCCAGAUUUCAGGCUCAAUCCCCAGUGGGGUGCAUGCAGGAGGCAGCUGAUCAAUGAUUUUCUCUCAUCAUUUAUGUUUCUGUCUCUCUCUCUCUCCCUCUCCCUCUAUGAAAUCAAUAAAGUAUAUUUUUUAAAAAGAGAAUGUUGAAGUUCAGAUUAAUCUGUUUUGAAUGAUGCAUUUUUUUCUGUGUGAUGAGCAGUUUCUAUCCUUUUUUCCCUUUGUUAAUGUAUUUGCAAUAUUGAUUAAGACAAAAUAAAAUGUGUGCCUAAUUAUUUUUGCAAAUGGAUUUUGAUUACUUUAGGCUAUUGGGAUCACUGUUCCUGUGUACACAUUUGUUGAUGGUGCAGAAGUAAGUUAAGUUUGUAAUUCUUUAACUUAAUUGGGAAUGCAGACAGUAGACUAUAAAAAAGUCAAGUUUUCUGUAUUAUUUUGCAAAGUGUCAUAAACCAGCAAGUAUUCUGAAAUGGUGGUAGCACUAUUUAUGCAUUAACUACUCAAACAAACUGGGAAUAAUUAGGGAUCUCUGGGACCCACUGAGGGCACUAUAAAAGAAAGCAAGUGGGCACCUGGGCACAUUAGCACUAAUUUCACAGCCCUGGGCUAAAAAAAAAAAA